GUCCUUUGAUUGGUUAUUUUAAGCAGGAAAGUCUGCCGGCGUGGACGGCUGCUUCCCUCACAUUGGUGUCCCACGUACGCUCUUGUUUAGCCUUCCCGCUUCUGCGCAGCUCGACCCGGCCGAAGCCAUCCAGCCUGCCCCUUGUCUAUUUGCCCCCUUGCGAGCAGCAUGUCUGAUUACGGAGCUCUGCCGACAAAUGGAGUCGGAGCUGGGAUGAAAAAAGAUGCUUUUGCCGAUGCUGUUCAACGAGCCAGACAGGUACGAGUCAAAGAAAAAGCCAGCCGGGAGCUAGUUAGCUGGUUGGGUACUGCAGCUAGCCUAACGACGCUAGCUUUAGCGCUACUUAACCAGCUAACCGCGUUUCCUUUCAUUCGUGUGACACGCCGGGCUGUCCGGAGGUUCAACUCAACACGUUUUCCGACUGGAUCGAGCUUCUCGGGUAUCGUAGGUCACACUCUUAUGUAAAGGUGUGAUUAAACGUCUUUUCGCCGUCGGGAUCUAUGGGACAAGUUAAAUGUACGAGUUUUUUUUCUUAUUAGGUGAACGCUUCUUCGGUUAACGAGAAGCUGUUCAUCUAUUUUCAUCGAUCAUGUAUGGAAGUGGGUUUUAGAAAAGCCAAACAAUGGACAGAAACGCUGUGGCAGCAUGAACAUCGCGAUUUAAGGUCAAAUUGACUGUCCUAAUAGUUGAUGGUUACUGAUUUGUAAGAUUAGAUAAACAAAGGUUCGGAUUGGAUAUUUAACAGAUUAGCUAAUAUAAAUGUCUGAAGGUAAGGGCCGGGUGUAAGAUUUGUUUACUUUAGAUAGCAGUUGAUAAAUGUUUCUAAGCAAACUAGUUUCGAUAAGCAGAAAGAAUAAUGGACAAACACGUCAAACUUAGGGCUGGGCGAUAUGGGAAAAAGUUUGUCACGAUAUAUAUAUUUUUUUAUAUCAGUCUGUGUUGAUACAUAUUACGAUAUAAAAAAAUGAAUUUUAACAGUGUUUAUUGGUAGCUUGUUUUUUGCAAUUCAAUAAGAUGCCGCACCUAGGAGAUCUUAAUGUCUUUUCGACGUCUUGUCGUAAGGUGUUGCGCUGUAGGAAGUGGACUGAAUGGUCGGCUGUUUCAGCUGUACAGGUGCCACGGGCUCCUUGCUCCGCUCGGAGUCUGUAACCUUUUGCAUUGCGCGUGCUCUGCGGCCUGUCACUGCUUCAGGUGGUGAAGAAGAUUGGAGGUAUUCCCUGACUUUGUGAGAACAUGUACUCGACAUAAUUUGCAGUGCACAUUACUCUGCUUCAUGUCCAACCUCAAAAAACUAAAAUACCUCCACACCGCUGAUGUUUCAGCAGACGCCAGUGUUGUCGACAAUGUUAUCAUUUGUUGAGCCUUCAUCUGCAUUUCUGCUGGGGGUAGCACACAUUUUCUUUUUUUUCUCACCAACAGUGCUGUCAGCUUCACGUGUUAUGUGAAGUUAAGUGCUAUAGUUGCAUGUAGCUGCUGCCUGCUACGACGCAGUUGUUUGCUACUUGGUUCUAAUUCAGCACAUGAUUGAUUUUAGUAUGAAGCGGACCUGGAGCAACUCCUCUUUUCAUUGGCUAUUUGUAUAGUCUACCAAAACAUGGCAGAAUGACGACUAUCACAAAGAAUAUUGACUGUUUUAAAUUGAUAUUGAGGGAAAUUAAUUUUCGAUAUAUAUCGUUUUAUCGCCCAGCCCUACUCCAACUGAAUGGAAUGUAGCCAUUCAACGUCUGAAAACAAGGUAAUUUGGGCGUUUUUUUUAUUAAGCUGAAAUAGUAAUGCCAGGGGGUGUGGAUGAGAGCAUGCAUGCUGCAGAAACAGCUUUUCUUGUUUCCUUUACCUGCAAAUAUUUACAAUAAGUUCUAUAUUUGACUGUUCAAAGAGCAGGGUGAGAUUUUGGUCAGAAAUGACUGCCUUGGCAUGUACAGGACAGAAUUAGCUUGAUAUGAGAUGAAGAUCUCUGACCGCUCAGGGGACUGCUGGAGUCAUCAAACUAAAAGUCUCCCGCUGUAGUGUAAAGCUGUAAACUGCAAGACACUGUUGGUUAUCAAGCUGCAUCUCUGUUUUGUGAAGCCAUUAUAAUGACAGGUCAAAUCGAUGAAGCAGAGACACUCAUAUCUUUUAUGCUCUUGUAAAGGCAAGCUCAAAUUAGAGUCAAUCCUCAACCAAUUAUACUUGAUAGAUCAUUCACAAUAACAGUCUUUAUACAAGAAGCAGUUUAAAGAUAGGUAACCAAUAAGAGAGAAAUAAAGACUUUUAAAAUUACAAAACUUUUCCACAUGAAAGUGAAAUGAAACAAUAAGAUAUAAAACAGGAAAUGACACAGUCUAAAAUAAUUUAAAAUCUAUCUAAAUGAUAAAAUAUAAAGUAUGCUUGAAUAAAAAAGUCACACAGUGUAAGAGACUCAAAAAUCAAACCCCUAAAGUGUCCAAAAUGUGUGUUGCUUUCACAGAGCUAUUGCAGAAAAAGAGAGAGCAGGCUUUCAGAGUUCAGACCCGACUCAAGGAACAUGUAAAAGUUACUAAUUUGAGGAACUUGUCUGAUUCAAUAACAGUCUGAGUCAUUUAGAUGAUGUAAGGUGAUGUUUCUGUAAGAGUUUUGUAUGUGAAGAGAUAAAGUCUCUUGAGAAGAGAAGACCACACAACGUAAGAGUAUAGCAGACACUGAUAAAUACUGUUGGGGUACCUAAUAAGAAAUCUUAGAUGAACUUUCACACACUUCUCAUGCUAUAACUCGGUUCAUUCUUUCAUAAGACUAGUCUAGUAAAUGCCCAUGUCUUUUUAGCUUUUACUAAUACUUGCACCAGGACUUCAUCCAUUAGGUGUCUUUUUCUACAGAUUGCAGCUAAAAUUGGUGGAGACGGCGUUCCCUCAGUGAGCAACAACGGUGGAGCUGAGAAUUAUCCUUAUGCAGCACAGAAACGGUCCUUGGAAGAAGCAGGUUAAAAAUCAGCACACACCUGGACUCUUUCUGCGUUUGCUUUUCCUCAACCAAUGACUCUUCUCUUUUGUAUUUUCAGAUGAACCCGAUGCUAAGAAGGUAGCAUCACAGAGCGAAAUAGAUUCAGCAUUGUGUACGUUGAAUACACUUUUUGAUCCCAUUAUGAAGAUUUGCUCGGUGUGAUUUAUGACCCCUAACCAGUUUCUUUCUUCACUUACAGCUAUUGGUGCUCAGCUUGCUUCCCUGUCCCAACAAAGGUAUAAGUCAGUCGUAUUUUUUUUCCUCACACGAUGCCUUUUGUCUAAGACAAAAAGCCCUUGUGCAUCAUUGUGUUUCUCCUGUCUGCAGUGUCAGGCCCUCCACAAUGACAGAAGAGUACAGGGUGCCUGAUGGCAUGGUCGGUCUUAGUGAGUACAUGCACAUACAUCUCACAGUUGACACGAUACCAGUGUUACUUCUCUGCAUAUGGUAAAACUAACAUCUUAAUGCCCUCACUCUUGUCUCUGCAGUCAUUGGCCGAGGGGGUGAACAGAUUAACAAAAUCCAGCAGGAAUCUGGAUGCAAGGUCCAGAUUGCGCACGGUGAGCUAUGCACUUAAUCCUGCACAUUGAAGUGAAAAAAGUAUUGGUGUGCACGCAGCUCUUUAAAGGAUACCCAUGUUUGUGUUGAUUUACAGACAGUGCUGGUCUCCCAGAAAGAAGUGUGUCUUUAACUGGAUCACCAGAUGCUGUACAGUAAGUUCAUGCUAAGAAAAACAAUGUGAAAUAGAAAUUUAUCGUGUAAUUAGUCCAGUUGAAGUUAACUUUGUAGUUUGGAAACUUUGUUCAUGGGUGUCUUUCAGACAAAGAAGCAGCUCUGCUCAAAGGUGAAGUCUGAACACUGCUAAUCCUCUACAGACACUGAUGUGAUAGCUGGCCUGAUCAUGUGUAGUGCUACAGAUUUAAGUUGAGUUUUAAUUCAAGUUGUCAGAUUGUAUCUUACACCUUUUAUCACUAUUUUUGUGGAACUACUUCUUUUCAACCCAUCAGCCUCUAAGUAUUCAAGCCGACUGUGCACAAAUCAUUGGAUAGCAGUGUGAAGCUCAAACCACACCGGGUCUAAUAUUCAAAACUUCGAGCACAUGUUUUUCGGCGGUUAACAGCCUGAGGGGUUCCACUCGCAGAGACAAACUUGCAAAAAAGAGUUUGAAUAAUUUUUCAGUUAAAACAACUACUUACUGAAACUUGUUAGAGUUAUGUUAAUGAUCACCGAGGGCUACACUUUUAGAUUUGCAUUCUUCUGUCUGCCACCUGCCUCCCUGUGGUAGCGUAGCUUUUAAGUCUUAAGAAGAUCAUACACAGUUAUUACCACUUUUUCAAUAGUUUAGAGCAUCAUGUUUAUACAGACACUCAUCCAAAUGAAAAACUGAGUACACGUCUGUUGCGUUUUGGCCGUUACUGUUCACUGAAACAGGGUUAGUAAAAACUUUUUGCAAACUUUUUAGAUGAGGGUCAACUGAUUUUUGUUUUUUCCGUGAUGAUAGUGAUAACUAGUAGUCCGUAAACGCCCGAACUUAUAGUUUGGGCUGGGGACUAUUAUUUUUUUUUGUACUUUUUAGGGUUAAACAGAAGACAUAUUGUACAAAGGCAUCAAUGCACCUUAUACUUCAUAGAACACAGUAAAGAAACAAACAAAUAAAGACAAAAACUCAAAAAAAAAAACAAGCAAACAAAAUGUGAAAAUACUUUCAAAGAAGAUUAACAUCAAGGAUGAUAAUAUGUGACAACAUGAAGGGGAAAAAAAUAAAUGAAAGGAUAAAUAGUCGCGAGUCCGCAUAUGGUGUUUUAUUUUGAAAUUUAUCAGGACAUGCGCAUUUUCCUUGCUUGACAUCCUGUGGAGAACGAUCGUCUCUGUGCAGAUUGACAGGUGUUGGAAGCAUAAAGCAGUGAAAAUAGACUCAGUGCAUAUCUUAAGCAGGGCAGUGCUUGACUUGCUGCUGAGACGGAGCAGAGAUGCUUCUCGUGUAGUUUGCAUCGAUUAGAAUAACAACCUACUGGUUGACGCUGAUGGAACGCGCUCAACGCGGAUCCUGUGUGUUUUAGGCUAUAAAGGUUGUAAAGUUGUACUGCCACUUACUGGCAGGCAUAGUCCAGCAUUUUCAGUCAUGUUUAUGAAUACAUGUGCAUGCAGGUUUUAUGAUCUUAAACCUCACGAAUGUCAUUCUCUGGUUUGAUCUGAUUCCAGGAGAGCCAAGGCCCUUAUAGAUGAUAUAGUGUCCAGGGGUCAUGAGACAACUAAUGGUCAGGCUGGUUCCAUGCAGGAGAUGAUCAUCCCUGCAGGCAAGGCUGGUCUUAUCAUAGGCAAAGGAGGAGAGACCAUCAAACAGCUACAGGUAAGAAUUACAGGAUACUUCUUUUAUCCACAUCACAUGAUUCAGCGGUUUGUGCUGUACAAAAGAAAAAAAUUUAAAUAAUAAAGGUUCGAACUGAUCUCUCAUAAAACCUGUUUGGGAGGUGCAUGACAACCCAUACACAUGCCCCCAAUUGGGUUAUGUUUAAUUUGCAGUGUGUGUAAUCGGUGUUAUAUUUCUGCAAUGUAAAAUCUUAGGAGCGAGCUGGAGUUAAAAUGAUUCUCAUUCAAGAUGGAUCCCAGCCUCCUAACAUCGAUAAACCCCUUCGUAUCAUUGGAGACCCCUACAAAGUGCAGGUACUCUUUCAGCACAGUGAUGAUUGUUUUGAUUGUUGUGCCUUGGUUUAGCUAUUCAAUCACAGUCUCACCUGCUCCCUUGUUUUUUAUUUUUCAGCAAGCAAAAGAAAUGGUUAAUGAGAUUCUACGAGAACGGGAUCAUGCAGGAUUUGGAGAUAGGAACGAGUAUGGUUCCAGGAUGGGAGGAGGAGGAGGAGGAGGAGGAGGCAUAGAUGUAAGUAGCUGAAGAGACAGUAAUAAAGCGCCAAUAAAGCCAAUAAUAAAGACCCAAGCUCUUAUUAAAUCAACUCAAUUCGGGGAUGUAUAUUUAACAGAUAGCUGUUCCACGCCAUUCUGUUGGAGUUGUAAUUGGUCGAAAUGGGGAGAUGAUCAAGAAGAUCCAGAGUGAUGCUGGUGUGAAGAUACAGUUUAAACCAGGUGAGCUCUGGAUGAUUGAAAAACACUUCAGUCUUUGCAUUCUGUCUUUUGUCACGUGUUACCUUGUAGUCUAAAUGUCAUUAGAAAUAUAAGCGAUACAUGAAAAUACAAUAUUUGAGUGUGAGUAAUGAGGGGCUAUUUUGUCCCUUGUCGAUUACAUCUCUGCUUCAAUCUGUUGUUAAAACUUGUGCUAUUCUAACACUGGCUUGGUAUAAAAUAUCAAUUCAUUUUGGACUACAUAGUUAUGAGACUGUAAGACUGAAAUGAAGAUUCUGGGAAAUCAGCAGUACAUCUUUUUCAUCUAGCUCAUCAUUUGUAUUUUUUAUUAUUUAUUGUUAUUGUAUUAGAUAUUAUAAAACCAACCUCUCUGUCUUUCUCUCAUCCCAAACAGAUGAUGGUACAGGCCCUGAUAAAAUAGCUCAUAUUAUGGGUCCACCAGAUCAGUGCCAGCAUGCAGCCUCCAUCAUUACUGACCUGCUACAGAGCAUCCGUGCACGAGAGGAAGGCGGGCAGGGGGUGAGUACAGAGCAGGGGGCCGGUUUUUGGUUUGUUCUGGUUUUGAUUUCAAUGGUGAUGAUAGGAACAUGGCAGUGCUAUGGAGGAGUUCAUUCAAAUGCUGCUUGUUUCCUCAACAGGGUCCCCCAGGCUCUGGUGGAGGGAUGCCCCCUGGAGGCCGAGGUCGAGGUAGAGGUCAAGGGAACUGGGGUCCUCCUGGAGGAGAAAUGACCUUCUCCAUUCCAGCUCACAAAUGUGGACUUGUCAUCGGUAGAGGAGGAGAGAACGUCAAGUCCAUCAAUCAACAGACUGGUGCGUUUGUGGAAAUAUCUCGUCAACCACCGCCCAACGGGGAUCCGAACUUCAAGCUGUUUAUCAUCCGCGGGUCCCCACAACAGAUCGACCACGCAAAGCAGCUCAUAGAAGAGAAGAUCGAGGUGUGUUCUUCAGGGACAGAAGUAGUACAGCUCAAACACAUAUGAAAGUACAACACAGCUCUUAAAUGUUGAUCUGAACCAUAAAUGCAUCUUCCUGUUGUGCCAGGCUCCACUUUGUCCUGUGGGUGGUGGCCCUGGUCCAGGAGGCCCAGGUGGGCCUGGUGGCCCAAUGGGUGGCCCCUACAAUCCCAAUCCUUACAAUCCAGGACCCCCUGGUGGCGCUCCUCAGUAAGUACACUCUUUGCACAGCUUUCGUUCAACCCUCAUAGAAGACUGCUUGAAAAAGUGUGUUUGAAUGAUUUCUGUCUUUGUAGUGGGGCUGCACCUGGUGGUCCCCAGUUCUGUCCGCAGGGAUGGGGAAAUACCUAUCAGCAGUGGCAAGCCCCGGCUCCACAUGACCCCAGUGAGUAGCUUAAUUUCUGUGCUUUUCUUGUAAAAAUGUGAUUUUUUUUUUAAUGUAGUAAGGCAACUAAUGCAUGAUUUAAGUUUUUACAAUUGUAUGUUUAUGUUGCACUGCUUCACCAAUUCUGCCUCUUCCUUCCCUCAUCAGCUAAGGCAGCUCAAGACCCGAACGCAGCAUGGGCAGCCUACUAUGCACAGUAUUAUGGCCAACAGUCAGGAGGUGCCAUGGCAGCUCAGACCCCUGGAGCUCCUGCUGCAGCAGCACCAGGGGACCAGAGCCAGGCUGCCUCAGGGGGGCAGCCCGACUACACUAAAGCCUGGGAGGAGUACUACAAGAAGAUGGGCAUGAGUAAGUGGGCUCAACUAAAUGUCUGUUCAGGGUUAACAUUAGAUGUAAACCCAAAGGUUGUCACACUGUUGUCAGUAUUAUCCAGUAAAGUGAAAUGAGGACAUGGUCUUCUGUUUUUUUUUUUUUCUCCAGCCCAGCCAGCUGGAGGUGCAGCAGCUGCUCCAGGUGCGGCAGCUGCUACAGCGGCAGCAGGAGGAGCUGCAGCUGGAGGCCAGCAGGACUACAGUGCAGCCUGGGCCGAGUACUACAGACAGCAGGCUGCCUACUAUGGACAGGGAGGGCAGGCACCUGGACAGGCUGCUGGUCCACCACAGGGACAACAGGUAGCACAUCCAUGAUAACGAUCUUGUAUUGAUUUUGCAAUUUCACAGUAAAACAAUUACCUGCCAAGAGCACUUUUCAUGGCCAAAAUGUUAAACGUGAACAUAUUCCUCAUUAAACCAUUCUUUGAAACAGCUAAUGUCAUCACGUAUAAAGAAAUCUCAUAAAGUAACUAUAGCAAUAGAGGAUACUAUGUUGUGAUAAGCAGUACUAAUCAACAGUGCAAAAACUGACAGCAGUCUAAUUUUUCUACAAUAUUUCAUUUCAGGCUCAGUAAUCAAGCGGCUCAUUCAGUUGGACGAUUGCAACGGCUCUCUGGACUCUUUUUUCCCCCCAUCAAGAAAUUUCCUUUUGGCUUAAAAAAGGACAAAACCCUGGCUUCCUCAUCCAUGCAGACAUUUUUUUACCAACCUUGUUUGUUUUAGAAAGUCAAAUAUAAGAAAGGAAAAAGGGAACACAUUUUGCCCGUGUAUUGAACCAAGCACUAAAUAACUUCUUUGGUUACUUUUUAUUUUGUCUCUUCACGUCAUUCACCUUGUCAUACAUCUUUAAUAUAAUGUGAAAUAAGCAUCUUUGCUUGCAAGCUAGCACAACAGCAUCUCAACACUGAUUCACAUUUCAGUAGUUUAUGCCCAUCAAUUUCUGAGGGUAAAAACAAUUUAGCAGUAUUUUGAAUAUAUUCACAUUUUUGUUCAAAAAAAAAAAAAAGGACGGAUUUUUUUCUUUGUAGUCCUCAGUAAUUUUUUUUUUUUCUUUUAAGUCAUUUUUAAAAACAUUCCCAGUGUUUAAGUUGCAGGCAAAUUUCUUCCUGCCAUUAUGAUUUUUUAGUUAAAAUAUUUCCUUUGUAAUUAUUAUUUUCAGUAAGGGGGUUGUGUGUGUGUGUAAAAAGUGAAUGCUACUGAGCAGAAAUGUGUGCGUGUUGGCUGUUAUGAGGCAGUGACUAUUGCAGUAUGCAGGUUGGUUGUGUGAGCAUGUAUGUCUGUGCGUUUGGUUGCCCUCUGUCAUUUUUUUCUUCUUGAUUAGGUUCUGUUAAUGUAUGCUGAUUUUUUUAAUGUUAUUUUUUACAGCUUGUUUUUAAAAACUUAAAUAAAAACAUUCAACUUAACCUGG